UGAAUAGUGGAUAAUAUUAAAUAUGGAUUUUAGUAAUGUUGAAAAGGCCAUUGAGAUUAUCUCAAAUCCAAUGGCCCACACUGAUCCUGAGAUGAAAACUCAAGCCAAUGAGUAUCUCAUUGAAAUUCCAAGAGCCCAUUAUGCAGAAUGGAAAAAUCUCUUUGCCUAUUUAGGAGAAACUACUUCAGAUCAUACUAAGUUUUGGAUUUUGCAAGCUCUUUCUGAAAUUGUCAAAGAUUGAUGGCUAGGCCUCAACACUGGUGAUAAGAGUGAGUUUGGAGCUAUAGCUUUUGAGUUCUUGAAGCAUAACUAUAACUCUAUAAUUCCAGUUCAUCACUUUUGACAGAAAUAUUCUUACCUCUUCGCUAUGAUCAUCAAAUUGGGCUACCCUGACUCUUGAAGUAAUGUGUUUGAUCAACUGGAGACAAUGGUAAAGGAAUCAGAAGAAAGUCUUUCAUUCCUCAAAUUCACCUUCGCAGUGAUGAAACAGAUUAACUCAGAAAUUGUUGAAAGAGAAAGUUACACCACCAAUGAUGACCUCCAGAUGGCUACCAGAGUGAAAGAUGCAAUGAGACUUGGAGAUGUCACAAAAAUAAUUAACUUAGCCCAAAUAGUUCUCGAAAAAUUUGACCAGCUACCAAAAGAACUUGUGAUCGGAGCUAUUGAUACUCUUAAAGACCUGAUCGACUGGAACGACCUUGCUCUCUUUGAACCAGCUUUUGAGAUCAUUACAAAUUUCUGUGAAAACAAAGAUUUUCAACAGAGUGCUUUAUACUGAUUUUAUGCUUUUAUGAAGAAGGGAAUGGACCCAAGCGUUAAGAUCAAGGUGAUAAAAGAUAUUAACAUUGUCACAAAAAUCAAAAGUAUCACUUUAGAUUCAGAUGACCUUGAACUCUGCCAGACAGUUUGUGAUAUUAUCAAGAAAAUGGGAUUUCUCAUACUCGAAAUUGUUGAGACUGCACCUUCAGAUUCUGACUAUCAAGAUGAUGCACAAGGCUUGCUGCUAGAGCUGCUUCUUCUCAACGUGAUGUUUCUUGAGUGAGAUGAUGUGAAAUCUUUGCAAUACGUAGCCCAAUUCGUAAAUGCCAUGGUGCUUUACAUAAAGAAACUCCAAGAAUUACCAGACCAAUUAGCUGAAAUAGUGUUUAAAAUUCAGGACCUGUGAAUCCAAAAGUGUGAAUACCCAGACUGGUUCUCCUUUGAAGAAAAAGAUCUUAGUGAAGACGAAGAAAUUUUUAAUAUUCUUCGGUGAGACUUAUCUAAUCUCUUCAGGAAUACUAUAGCUAUCCCUGGGAUGAAGGAGAGAGCUUUGAAGAAAAUCGAUGAAAGGCUAGAUAUCAUCAAAGAAAAUUUCGCAUCUAUGACCCCCAAUCAGAUCGAAUGUCCAUUAUUUCUUUUGGGUGAAGUUUAUGAUAUCAUCUCAAGGGAAGAUAAUUCGAUUUCAAAUCCAGUGCAUCAAGCAAUCUGAAGCAAACUUUUGAGUAUUGACUUCCUUAGCACAGAGAGCAACGAGGAACCAUCCAAAGAAAAAGCUGUUGUGUAUGCUAUCUUUUACGAAGUAUGUGUCAAAUAUGGUAGCUAUUUCAUCCAUUUCCCUGAAGCUAUCCCCCAUAUUAUUGGAGGAAUGAUGAGUGAAAAGGGUAUUCUGCAUCCAUGGAAGGUCUUGUCUAGUAAAUCCUGCUACUACCUUCUUAGGUUCAUCUGAAGGGUCAAGGAUAAGCUUACCGAUUAUGCAGAGCUGAUAUAUACAAAUUCCAGGAAAAUUAUUGAAAUGUAUGAAGAAGGAAAAACAAAUCUUUACCCCAGAGAUAUAGAAAACGUUUAUGAAAUUAUUGGAAAUAUGCUGGAAAAUUUCCAGAUGCCUCCUGAAGAGAUCAAGAAGAUACUGUCUUAUUACUUCGAGCUUAUCUGGAACAAGAUGAAUAACACCACUGUGCUGCAGGGAAAUAUUGAGCUGAUCAGGAGAAUGAACUUUUUGAUUAAGUCUCUCAAGCCCAGGAGUGCUUCUGCUUCUCAAGAUAUCCUGAAAGGAAUGAGUGAGAAUUUGUUGACUGUUUUUCAAGCUUAUAUCAAUUCACCGAUAAAUGACUGAAUAGUGUUUGUACAGAAGACUCUUACUCUAAUUGGAGUUGAAAUGUUUGACAAUAUAAAUAACUACAUUGAAGCUAUGCUAGCUGCAAAUACUCAAAUUGGGCUAGAUAGCUGCUUCAAGCUGAUGACCUUUGUAAUUAUCGAACUUGAAGAGCAAUCUUUCGAACUGUUUGACAAGCACAUUGUAACUUUCUUUGACAGACUUGGGAAAUUAGAGUUCCCUGAAGAGAACAAGUCUGAUGAAUCUAAAGAUAAGCUUUCUGUUUUCGUAAACUUCAUAAAGAUGAUAAAUUCUUGAGUGCAUAAGAACCCAAUAAUACUAAUAUCAGGAAACUCAGGAGCAAUAUUCGAGAGUCUGAUGCAAUUCUUUGCAUUUCUAACUACUCAAAGUGUCCACAAAAAUUUCAGAAAGGAGAUUCUCCAUAUUCUCAGAACAAUGCUAACUGAAUUUAGUGGUUGAACUCUCGAUCCAAUCAAAAACAUACACUUAGGGAACAAAUCCAAAAUUGAAGAAAGAAAAAUAGUUGGAAAUCCAGAUUACGAAACAAACUACGACACCUUCAUAAAAAUUUCUUCUGAAAUCUCCUUCGAGAUCUUCAACCACAUAGACAUCAAAGACCCCAUAGACAUAAACUGAGUGUACCUCACCUCCCUCCUCCAUGUCCUCUUGCUCCACAACAUCCCAUCCUUCAGUGAAAUCUACCAAUCAAAGAUCACAAAAAUCCACCCAUCUCUAGACUUCACAGACCUCGCUACUAAAAUCACCUUGUUCCUUGACGGCAAGCUAAAAGUACCAGAUUUUAAACAAUACAUCCGAUCUGUCUUCAUCCCUAAAUAAUUCCCCUACUCCCUUCCCCACUCCCCCUAAAACCCCCCAUUUCCUCCACUUCCCACC